AGGUAUGGGGUAAACUUGAGAGGACAAUCAGUUGACAGCUGAAGUGAGAGAAUACAAUUCAACUUCUUCUUUGUAUGUAUAUAAUUAAUGCAAAAUUGCCAAGUGCCUUCUCAUAUGGAGGAGAGAUAUAUAUUUUUUUAAUUGGUUUUAUUUUAUUUUUUUAUAUUCUUCAUUUAUUCAUUUGUUUAUCUAUAUAAACUCCGUUGCCAUCAUCAGUACUUUUCAUUCUCAGUCUACCAAAUUUUCCUCAAUCUUUCCCAACCUUCUGGUAAGCUUUUCUAUCAUUUCUUGAAAAAGAAAAAGAAACAUGUCUCACCCCAUACACCAGGCAAACGAAGAAAGCCCAUAUGGAGAGUACACAAGAGAAGAAUUCUAUAGAAAACACCAAAUCCUCCAGCACCAAUCUUUCACCUUGAACAAAGAGAAUAUGAAAAUCUUUACUCAAUUAUGGAGUCAAGAUUCAGCUUCACAACCAAAAGGGUUAGUAGCCAUGGUCCAUGGGUACUCUUCUGAAAGUAGUUGGAUCAAUGAGCUAACUGCUGUAGCUAUAGCCAAGGCUGGGUUCUUGGUUUGUGCACUUGACCUUCAAGGCCAUGGCUACUCGGACGGAUUACCUGGUCACAUCCCAGAUAUCCAAAGUGUUGUCAAUGAUUGUAUACAGGUUUUCGACUCAGUUAAAGCAGACAACCCUAAACUGCCUGCUUUUCUUUAUGGUGAAUCUUUAGGUGGUGCAAUUUCAAUACUUAUAUGCUUGAAGCAGAAAUAUGCAUGGAAUGGUUUAAUCUUAAGUGGUUCUAUGUGUGGGAUCUCAGCUAAAUUCAAACCCAUUUGGCCAUUGGAGAAGCUACUUCCAGUUGCAGCAUUACUCGCACCAAGUUGGAGAAUUUUAGUGUCAAAGCCAGUGGCUAGUAAAUCUUACAAAGAAGAAUGGAAGAGAAGACUGGUAGCGAAGAACCCGAAUCGAAGGAGACCAGGGAAGCCGCCGGCAGCAACUGCAAUGGAGUUUCUUAGGGUUUGCGAGUAUAUAAGAAGGCACUGCCAUGAACUAGAAGUUUCAUUGUUAAUGGUGCAUGGAGAGGAGGAUGCAGUCUGUGACGUUAAUGCUGCUAGAUUUGUGUAUGAAUCUGCUGCAACUAAGGACAAAACUUUGAAGAUCUUUCCUGGCAUGUGGCAUAUGUUGAUUGGUGAACCGAAGGAAAAUGUGGAGCUAGUCUUUUGCACUAUCUUUUCAUGGUUGGGAGACCAUGCUGCCAAGGCUAGAGAUAAAGCUUAUUACUAAAAGAAAGGUUUCAAUUUCUAUUUUAUUUAAUUUUUUAAAAUUUGGAAAUUA